AUGGAUCACGCGUGUCAGCAGCUCAUCAUCGACAACCAUAAGUGGAUGCAUUCCAGCUUGCCUUCAAUGGGCCUGUUGCCAUGCAUCUUCGGCAACAUACUUGACCAGUUGGUUGGCGGAGGGCACGGACACACAGGAGACUUUGUGCAAAAGUCCGAAUCUGUGGAAGUGCAAGGCCUGACAAGCAAGCAGCAAUGUUCGACGCAUGGCAGGGAGUGCAGUCUACAGGAGCCAGUGCAGAUAGAUGUUUCCGGACUGCCGUGUCCGGACAACAGUCGUGCAAAUCGCAAGAGAAAGUAUGAAGAAGGGCCCAGUGGCCUCGUGUACAUCACUUGGGCCCAGCGCCACAAAAUGAACCAGACACCCUUGCUGUUGAUUGAGAACGUUCCGGACAUCAACAUGAAGGCCAUGAACCACCUGCUGGGGCACGACUACAUCCUCAUCCAGCUCUUCGUGUCACCUUCGGACACUGGCCACACCGGCGUGAACAGACCCAGGACGUACAUCUUCUGUUCGCACAAGAAGACAUGCCGUUAUCUUUAUUGUAUUCAUGAGGCCUACAAGCAAGUUGUGGCGAUGCUGACGUCACACAUCUCCACCUCUCCUCGUGAUUACCUGACUUCCAGUCCGCUGCAGCAGCGACUUGAGUGUGAGAGAGUUGCCAGAGCACGUGGGGUUCCGUACCAGCCAGAGACUCGUCCUGACUUGUAUGCUAUUAGAUUAUUUACUGCUGUGGCAGUGUUGUUGUGUGGUUGCACAAUUCUGUUCGGUUGGUAUGCGCAAGGAUCAGAACGAUUGGUCCUACUUGUUGACUUCGGUGGAGAAGCAAAGGUUGGCUGA